CCCGCCCCUGCGGGCUGGAGGGCGGGGGUCGAUCCAAGAUGGCGGGAGUGCCGGCCGUGCGCAUCAGCAUCGAGUCGGCGUGCGAGAAGCAAGUGCAGGAGGUGGGGCUGGAUGGCAGCGAAACCUACCUCCAGCCGCUUUCCAUGUCCCAGAACCUGGCGCGCCUGGCGCAGCGCAUCGACUUCAGCCAAGGCUCUGGCUCCGAGGAGGACGAGCCGGGCUCGGCGGGCCGCGCCUGGACUGAACCGGGCGAGGCGGAGGAUGAAGAAGGAUUGGUAAAGUUUCAGCCAUCCCUCUGGCCUUGGGAUUCAGUGAGGAACAACUUAAGAAGUGCCCUGACUGAGAUGUGUGUGUUAUAUGAUGUUCUUAGCAUUGUGAAGGAUAAAAAGUUCAUGACUCUAGAUCCAGUCGUGCAGGAUCCCCUUCCCCCAAAGCAGAAUCCUCAGUUUCUACAGUUGAUUUCAAAAAAGAAGUCAUUAGCUGGAGCAGCUCAAAUCCUAUUGAAAGGUGCAGAAAGAUUAUCCAAAUCGGUUGCAGAAAACCAGGAAAACAAGCGACAAAGAGACUUCAACUCUGAACUGCUGAGACUGAGACAACACUGGAAGCUGAGAAAAGUGGGAGACAAAAUUCUUGGUGAUCUGAGCUACAGAAGUGCAGGCUCUCUUUUUCUUCAUCAUGGCACAUUUGAGGUGAUAAAGAACACUGACAUUGACCUGGAUAAAAAGAUACCUGAGGAUUACUGUCCUUUGGACGUUCAAAUCCCAAGUGAUUUAGAGGGAUCAGCGUAUAUCAAGGUUUCUAUUCAGAAACAAGCUCCGGACAUUGGUGACCUCGGGACAGUCAAUCUCUUUAAAAGACCCUUGCCAAAAUCAAAACCAGGUUCUCCACACUGGCAGACAAAGUUGGAGACUGCGCAGAAUGUUCUUUUGUGUAAAGAAAUUUUUGCCCAGCUGUCACGAGAAGCUGUUCAAAUUAAAUCACAGAUUCCUCACAUUGUUGUGAAAAAUCAGAUAAUCUCCCAGCCUUUCCCAGGUUUGCAGUUGUCUAUCUCUCUGUGCCACUCGUCCAAUGACAAAAAGUCACAAAAGGCUGCUUCUGAGAAACAGAAUCCAGAGGAUCAUCUCUAUGUUCUGGAACAUAAUUUGCAUCAACUUAUCAGAGAGUGUCACAAGCAAACCCUGAGCUCAACAGUAAUGCCACAUCCAGCUAGUGCACCUUUUGGCCAUAAGAGAAUGAGACUUGCAGGACCCCAGGCUUUUGAUAAAAAUGAUAUCAGUUGUCUACAGUCAAAUGAAGGACUUCUGGAAAAGAUAAUAAAACAGGCAAAACAUAUCUUUCUGAGACGCAGAACUGCUCGAACCAUUGACAGUCUGGCGAGUCGUAUUGAGGAUCCUCAGAUUCAGGCUCACUGGUCCAAUAUAAAUGAUGUUUAUGAAUCCAGUGUUAAAGUUCUAAUAACUUCUCAAGGAUACGAGCAGAUCUGCAAAUCCAUUCAACUACAGCUGAACAUUGGAGUUGAACAAAUCAGAGUUGUGCAUAGAGAUGGAAGAGUUAUUACAUUGUCCCAUCAAGAGCAAGAACUGCAGGAUUUCCUUUUAUCUCAGAUGUCACAGCACCAAGUACAUGCAGUUCAGCAGCUUGCAAAAGUUAUGGGAUGGCACGUGCUGAGUUUCAGUAAUCAUGUUGGUCUGGGGCCAGUGGAGAGUAUUGGCAAUGCAUCAGCAAUAACUGUAGCAUCACCAAAUGGAGACUAUGCCAUUUCAGUACGUAACGGUCCGGAAAGUGGCAGCAAAGUUAUGGUUCAGUUCCCACGGAGUCAGUGCAAGGAUCUCCCAAAAGGUGAUGUACUGCAAGACAGCAAGUGGAAUCAUCUCCGAGGGCCAUUCAAGGAAGUUCAGUGGAAUAAAAUGGAAGGGCGUAACUUUGUGUAUAAAAUGGAACUGCUCAUGGCUGCUCUAACUCCCUGCUAAUGAUGUGUCGGCCUCUCUGUGGGGGCUUUGAAUAGUCUCUGGGCAACAAUCACUGCCCCUGCAGCAAAGGGAAAUGGAAGCUAUGGGCCAAUACAAGAAAGCAAACCCAAAUUUAUUUCCUGUACAGAUAUGUCCAUUGUGGAGUUUGUAAUAAAACUUUUUUCAAUGCAUAUAAAAUACAUAUAAUUUUUUGAAAAAGUUCCGCUCAGCUGUAUCUUUGCUGAUUGCUCUGUCCAGAGUAACAUAACUGAGUAACUAACGUAUUUUUUGUUUAUAAAAUUAAAUUCAGUAUUCCUUUUACUACAUGAAAGGUGUCUGCUUGGAAUCAUUCCCUUUCCUCUCAUGCCCUUAUUUUUUUCAAUAGAUCUUUGCAACUAUUUCUGAAAGAUUAAAAAUAUUAGAACUGAACUGGGCUCUCAGUGGGCCUUUUAGUGGUUUAUACCACAGAACCUGGCUAUCCCUGUGGAUGCUCAUAAGAAGUGGGACAACAGUAGAAGCAGAGCUCCUGUGUCAAGAAUUGAAGCUAAACAAAACUUAAGAUCAAGGUAACGCCUUCACUGUGUGGCAUUCUUGAGUUGGAUUGUUUGUACAUUGAUGGGGAUUCUGGGUGACCCAUUUAUUUUUGAGAAAUAUAUUUACUUGGCAGUUUGUUUAAGUUGAGAGUGUUACAAAGUCACAGCUUGUGUUUUCUGUCUCUCUUUUUUGCAAGAAUAUAGAGGAAAGGUCUUACUCUGCUUGCAAAAUUCUGACAAUUUGAGUUUGUGAGUGAUUUGUGUAAAUUAAUGUCUGGAUAGAAGGUGGUAACUCUCAUGCAGUAAACCUUGGAUCUCCACACGUGCUGCUGGGUUUUUAUCCUGCUCUCUCAAUGAUUAUCGUCCAGGGAAACAAUAAUAUCCUCCUGAAUAUCGGCUCUUUUGAGUUCUUUCAAAAUAAAAAAAGUCAUGGUUUAGAUGGUUUUGGCUUGGUAGUUGUAGCCUUGAAGCUUCUAGUAAGGUGUUAACAAAGCUUUUAUUUUGUUUGGUACUUAAUUGCUAAAAGUCUUUUUGAAACCUGUCUUUAUGAACUGGUUCAGAUUCACGUCCAUGUUGUGUUAUGAGGUGUGUGUAUAUAUGUCUAUAUAUGUAUGAGAAUUUCUUGCACGUAAACAUGUUUGAAUUGAACAUCAUACUUCUAUGAUGACACUUAUUAUUUUGUUGUACUCUCAAGUAAUAAAGAAUAGUUUUGGGAAAUACAUAUUAAGCAACUGCUUGUGGCAAGCUGCUGCUCAGUGUGUGUACCCAAAGCAGCUCUUGUAGUUCUCUUGAUGUUUGCCAGCAUGGAGCAUCGUUUCAGUUCCUGAAUGUACUGGCUUCUGUGUAACUAAUCUGUGAGAGAGAAAGGGUUUUCCUUUCAGGUUCUGAUGAGUUGCCCAAGACAACUGAUGAAAAUGAAAAAUACUAGUAGAAAAUAGUCUCCUGAUCUUCUUGAAAAGUGGGUGAAUCUUAUUUAACACUCAUCAUGUCACAUCCUGUAUUGCUGGGCUAACAGACACUGUACCACUACAGGCAGGGAGGACUUUUGUUUCUUGGUGAACAGUUCAGCCAACAGCCUGAUGCAUCCAACUGUAUGAGGCUGUUUGGACUCCUGACAACACAACAAGUCUUUCCUUACUAAUAAUUAGAAGAUGAGUCUAUGAAACUUGAACAUGUCUUUACACUUCACUGUUGUUAACCUAAAUUGACAGGUCUGCAUGUAGUGACAGCCUUUUCAUUAGGUAAGUUCUUCAUUACCAUGUAAUCAGAUCACUACGGAACUAUUAGAAUCUCAUGGUUGCAGGACUUAUCUCCUGAAAAGAAAUAACGGAUGCAAGAGGACAUCUAAUGUGUUGUGGAAGUGCAAGCACUGCAUGUUAGCAGUGAAAAUAUUUGUCAAGACUUCCACAUCUAGCUGAAAAAAUAAUAACAACAACAACAAAAGAAUUCUUAGAAACCUGGAGGAUCUCUAUUUUAGUGUUGAAUAUAUAGGGAUUCCUAAUUUUAAUGGAAAACAGACUGAUUAGGCCUCUAACAGAGGGACAGUCUUGAAAAUUGGUAGUGCAUCUUUGAAUAUGAGAUGAAGACAGAGAAUGAUUAGGACCUUUACUACUGAUUGCCAAAGCAAUCUUGUGAACUUGAACAUCUCUUUAAUUAGUUUAAAAGUAAAAUGCCUUAACCUGUUUGAUCAUCUAGCAUGCUCUAAAUAUUAAAUUCGCUGGUGUUCUGCAGGGAGUUUACAAGAGGAGUAACAACAGCUAUUAGUUUCUGAACUUCCACUGUAACAACUUGCCAUGAGACUUUAGAUGCUCCAGAGUAGCAAGAAACUGCUAUAGACAGCUUAGUCUCACCUUCUGUACAUAAAAUAAUACUUGCAUUAAUAAUGCAUAUUGACAAACAUAAUUUUCAGAAAAAUGUUAAUAUUUUAUAAAAGACCCUACGUGUGUACAGUAAGCAUGUUAAAUUCUGGGUAAAAUUUGUGAGUGAGGAAUUGUCUAUAAGGAAAGCUGUACAUAGGCUAACUGUACUGGAUGUCAUCAGUGAAUGUUGAGUCCCUGUUGUUCAUCUGGGAUAUUACAGCCUAAAAGCGAGGCUGGCACCAUGGUCAACAGCCAAGAAUAGGUGCCUGAAGUUGCAGUGACUUUGGCCAAGCUAAGAGAGGUAGAACAACUGUGCCAGGUGGAAACUUGUUACUGCUGUUGUAGUACAUCUUAAACUGAAGAAUUUUAAGUGGUCAUUUCCUACUUUCAUCCUAGCUUUCAAAUAUUGUAGUUUACAAGUGUUCGUGAUCUCUACAAUCACAGCAAUGCACUUGAAUGGUCAUUCAUGUCUGGAUGUGUUUCCUGACUUCCUUUGGCAGUUGGAGUGUUCAGGGCAAUGUUAGCAGAUAAUAAUGGUGUUAAGUGCACGCUGCACUUUUUGUACUUUCUAAAUAAGUCUGGCAGAGCACCUACUACAUAUUCAGUUCAGCCUAAUAACUUCACAUUCAAAUUCUAAGAUUUAGGGAAUAAAAAAAUAUGGAAUAGAAAAA